UGUGCUCAGCAAGGGUAGUAAUUUUAUUGGUGUAUGUAGGUUUCAGAAGUAUGCAGUUCCUGCUCUGCGGAGCAGUUAGCUUUAGUUCCACGUGAAACCGCUUGUUCUCUGCUAACCUGCCAUGCUGACCACUGAGAAGAGAGCUUGUAAUCUGUGUUCAGCAAUCAUGCUGGACUUUUAAAGUCCAUUCAGUGUGAAUUUUGGAAACUCUGAAGCUGCUUUGGUGAAUUGUCGUGAAGGAAUGUGUUCUGCUGCUGGCACUUUUUAGAGAUACAUUGGCUGGCUUCAGAAAGCAGCCCAAUGAAUGGGACGAAAUGGAUUUGUGGCUGUGUUUCUGGAAGCAAGAUUAAAUUGAUGGUGUUUCUGUGGGAGAAGUUUCUUCUUUUUUUUUUUUUAUCAUGAUUACUCAUCAAGAAAAUACUAGAGUUCAAGAUGAUGAUGUGGAAGAAAAUAAUAAAGAAAUGUCUACCAAUUUAAAAUACCUUUCCUUGGGCAUCCUGGUUUUUCAGACCACAAGUUUAGUGUUGACAAUGCGUUACUCUCGGACACUGAAAGAAGAAGGACCUCGUUACCUGUCCUCUACUGCAGUAGUUCUUGCUGAACUUCUGAAGAUUUUGUCCUGUGUUCUACUGGUCUACAAAGACAGCAAGUGCAAUUUCCGGACCCUGAACAGAGUGCUACAUGAUGAAAUCCUUAAUAAGCCCAUGGAAACUCUUAAACUUGCCAUUCCUUCAGGAAUUUAUACUCUUCAGAAUAACUUGCUCUAUGUAGCAUUGUCAAACCUAGAUGCAGCCACGUACCAGGUUACGUAUCAACUGAAAAUUCUUACCACAGCUCUAUUUUCUGUGUCCAUGUUAAGCAAGAAAUUGGGUAUAUACCAGUGGCUGUCAUUGGUAAUUUUGAUGACAGGAGUGGCAUUUGUGCAGUGGCCUUCAGACUCUCAAGCAACAGCUGCAAAGGAGCAUUCAGCAGGAUCUCAGUUUGUAGGCCUGAUGGCAGUUCUUACAGCAUGCUUUUCUAGUGGAUUUGCAGGCGUUUAUUUUGAGAAAAUUUUAAAGGAAACUAAGCAGUCUGUGUGGAUAAGAAACAUUCAGCUUGGAUUCUUUGGCAGCAUAUUUGGACUGAUGGGUGUAUAUAUAUAUGAUGGAGAGCAGCUUUCAAAAAAUGGAUUUUUUCAAGGAUAUAAUAAACUUACUUGGAUAGUUGUUGUUCUACAGGCACUUGGAGGCCUGGUCAUUGCUGCUGUUAUAAAAUACGCAGACAACAUUUUAAAGGGAUUUGCAACUUCUCUCUCUAUUAUACUUUCAACAUUGAUCUCCUAUUUCUGGCUUCAGGAUUUUGUCCCUACAAGCUAUUGUAAGGAUGUUAACGUUCUCACCGAAGUACGCAAAGGGAGAAAUUGAGAAUGAAAGCUGGAAAUCUGUGUUGAUACUCCAGCCAUCGUGAGGAUAACCUGUAGUGUUCCAGGAGAUACAAUAACUCUGUGAGCACAGGACGCAGUUUGCUGCAGUAAUCUGGCACUAUGAGGUGGGUUAUAAUGGUGUGCUUGCUCAGAUGUAACGCUCAUUGUUUUUUAUUUUUAUUGAUUAUAAAUCAACCUGUCGGUAGAACUGCUAAAGUAGAGUGUAGUGGGUUUGUUUGUUUGGUUGGUUUUUUUUUGCUUUAAAUAUCCCCUGAGGAUUUUUUUUUACCUGCAAUUAAAGAAAAAAAAGAAGCCCAUAAUAAACAUUUUAAAUGCAUUAUUGUUGUCUGUUACAGCUCCAGAUUGAGCCAUUGUGGUAUAUUAUCUGUAUACUGUACUGUAUUUUAUUACAGAGACUUUUUUUUAACCAUUGUUGUUUACUCAUGAACUCUCCAAGGUUGUUUCAGUACAUUUGUAUGUAAUGGCAUAAUUAGAGUUUUUAUUAUUAUUAUUAUUACUAUUUUUAAUUUUGUUCUGGGAGUCCUUGAGCUAACAGACCAAAAUGGGUUCUGUGGGGCUAUUCAGUCUAGUAGUGAAAUUACUUCAGUAGGAAAGAGAAUGAAAAAGUAAUGAAUUGUGCAAUAGAUAAAUAUAAAAGCAUGCUGUUGUUUCCAACCAAAAAAAAAAAUCACAAGGAAACAUAUGCAGAUCGACUUUUAAGAAGAUUUUGCUUGUUGAAGUACUUGUCUAUAGCCAGCUGAGAAAGAAAAACACACAAAAACAGUGCCAGAACUAGGAAACAAAGAAAAGGCUUAAAAAUCACUUGGUUUUAGGAGACCUAUUCACAAUGGAUAUUAAUGUAGGGUGACUUCUUACCUAUUCAUUACAUAAGUUUUUGUAUAAUGUAUACAUUUACAUAUCAGCAGUCCCUCCCUAUUCAGCGAAGUGUUAAAAACGUUUGUUGUUGUUGUAGUUUUUUUUUUCCCUCUCCUCUAUCUCACUUAUUUCUUGUGCUAAUGAAUGUGAUGUAAAGAGAGAGGUGUUUCGAAAUGUUUACCAAAGUACCUCAGUCUGUUUUCCACAACAACUCAGUCACAGAUUGCCAAGAGAGGAUUCUCUAAGAGCUCUCAGAGAUUUUUAAUUAAAUAUUUAAUUAAAUAUUGUAAAAGAAAAAGGAAAAAAUCUACUUCUAUCAGACAAGUAAAAGUAGUCUUUUCUUUUGUUGUUGAUGACAUGAAUUAUGUCUGUAGCAUCAGAGCAAGACAGUGAAGGAAUUUCAGAGUUUUGCCGAGGGCUUGCUAAGCUUUCUGAACUGUGAAUCUACCCCAGCAUGCCAGAAUUGCAGGAGCUACAUUACUCAGUAGUUAAAAUUAUCUAAUAUUACCCUAAAUUGGCAUCCUACUUUAAUACUGACCUUUCACCUAUAACGCUUGAUCUGCCAAAGUGAAAAAUGACAUUUAGUCUCAUCACCAUUGAAAUGCAACAUGAGGUCAGAUGUAUGCAGAGAAUAGUGGCUCACAGCACUGCUUAGUGCAGAAUGGGAGGUACGCGUGACUCUGAAACGAUUUGGCAAGUGUUGUAGUAAUAUUUGGCCUACACGAUGAUAAUACUUUUAAUUUCAUGAAUCACAAAUCACAGUAGUGGAAAUGUUCAGGUCAUAUAAUUGGAUACUUUGUUGAGGAGUUUCUUAAAAAUCAGGAGAAGCAGAUUGAGAAUGUAAAACCAAGUGCACAGAAAGGGACCAAAUAGGCCAAGCAAUCACUGUAUUGCUGGAGUUUUGUUAAAUACACAGUUUUAAUAUAUCAAGCGCAUCAAGUUUAUCAUUAAGCAUUAGUUUUUAGGAAAUACCGGGAAUAUGCGUUCUUUGCUUUUGAAUAGGAUGUUGUCUUGUAGCCUUGGAAAGCAGUGUACGUACUGUAUUAGGGAUCAGUAACUUCUGUCUGUAGAUAAAGGACUGUCAAUUUCCAGUCUAUUAAAUUUUCUAGCAGAGGGGUAAAUCUCUUUACACUUGUGACUGUAAAGGAAAUAAGAGUUUGCAGUUUUAGCUGCCUUUUCUCAGCUGUUUACACAGCCUGAGGGUCCUACAGGCUGAAAAGCAUUAUUCUGGAGAGAGGGAAGGGGCUGCAUGCUUCUUGAUGGUGAAGGAUUUGAGGAAGAUUGAUUGACUGAUGUCUGUAACAGUUGCAAUCUGAGAGAGCGUAAGCACGUUUUCCCAUUGAGAUACUUCUGGAUCUGAGGAAAAAUAAGUUUUACUUCUAUCAUUCAUUAACUAACCAAAGAAAGCUAGCUGGCACAGAGCUCUGGGAAGCAGGGAAUAGUAUGCUUUGAGUUUGCCCUAGAAGUGAUCUGUAGGAGUAUAACUUUCCAAAAAUGAACUUGUCUUUUUGAACUACGUUUCUGAAUUUAAGACAAUGGAUUUGUUAGUUUAGUUGUAUAUUCAGAAGGCUAAUCCAUACUCAACAGAAUUUUAUUUAAAUAUUUAUAAAGUUAUAGCUAGGUAUUUAUUUGCAUAAUUUGAAUUAUGUCAUUUUUUUUAAAGCUUACAUAACAGGAUUACUAGUAUUUAUUGAGUACUUGGAUACGUAGUGGGGCUGUGGUGGUGGUGGUGUUGCUUUUAAUCUCUGGGAUACAUGAUAAAUGGUGAAAUACCAGUAAGCUAUUAGAACUUUCUUCAAAGCAAAAUAAAUCAUCACUUCAGUGGUGAAAACUCUUAAAUCUAAUAGAAUAAGAUAGAUAAACUUUCCUUUAAGCAUUGUAUUUUUUGCUGUCCACAAGUGCCCAGUUAUCUUUUUCUCACAGAAUUCUAAUAACUUUAUAGUUUUACUGAAGUUCUUCGUUUUAGACAAACUGCAACAAAACUUGCCUUUAUGUUUGCUUUAAUAAUAAAAGAUAGAUUCAUGUUCUGUUUCCUGCUUGUACAAGAUAAUACCUGUUUUUACUCUAAAUUUUUAAGACAUUUGUUUUACUUUUUUUCUCAAAGAAAUGAUGAUAUUUUGUUAGCAUAUGCUUACAUUUCAGUUAUUCACGGGGUCCUUUUACAGAUUUUUAAGCGUAUGUAAUAGUUCUGUGUUCCUGACUUAGUUUUAUGGCUGUAAUUCUAGAGACUGUAACAGAUUUUGUUAAAUUGUUUAAAAAUUGAUAAAUGAGAUUUUGCAUUUCUUAUGAUUUUUGUUGUCAGUAACUUUCAUCUUUUAAUAUAUUUCCUUAUCACCAUGUAUGUUCUGUUGUACAUAAGCAAUUGUCACUUACAAAUUUGAAGUUGUUACUCAUUGUUUCUUGCUGGAUAUUAUGAGUGAGGAGGAUGAUUAUUGUUUCCUUCCUUUUGUAAGAAUGAGAUUAUUUUUAAAA